AUGCUUUUGGCGAACGCGUGGGCCAUCCACAGGGACCCUAACACAUGGGACGAACCCGAGGAGUUCAAGCCGGAGAGGUUCCAGUGCGAGGGAGGGAAGGAGGUGGCAGGGCUUAGGAUGCUUCCGUUCGGGUCCGGGCGGCGCAAGUGCCCCGGAGAAGGCCUGGCCAUGCGAGUGAUCGGGCUGGCACUCGCGACCUUGAUCCACUGUUUCGAGUGGGAGAAGCUUCCGGGGGAGGAGGUGGACAUGACCGAGGGGCUGGGGCUAACCAUGCCCAAGGCAAAGCCAUUGGAAGUCGUGUGCACGCCACGCCACACCAUGCUUCAUGCUCUUUCACAGCUCUGA